UGGUUAGCGAUGACGACGAAGCUGAAGAUAAUGAUAACGACGAACAGCAGGACGGCGAAGGGAAAUCUGAUACCAAGAAACAAAAAUCAUCAUCAGCAUCAAAGAAAAAGGAGAAAAUCGUUGAAUACGGUGUAUGGGUCGGUAACCUUGCUUUUAAGACGAGCAGAGAGGAGAUCAGCAAAUUCUUUUCGGAUUGCGGCACUAUCACUCGUUUAAAGUGUCCUUCUGGAAACGGCAAGAACUCAAAUAAUAAAGGGUUUGCCUAUGUGAUGUUCGGUACUCAAGACGAAGCAGACAAAGCUGCUGCCUUAUCUGAACAAAAACUUGACGGUCGUGCAUUGUUGAUCAAGCCUGCUGACAAUUUUGAACGUAAAGACGGACUCACCAACAAGGAAAUCAAGAAGCAAAAGAACCCACCAUGUGCGACACUGUUUGUUGGUAAUUUGCCGUUUGACGCUACAAAGGAGAUGCUGCGUGAGGCGUUUGUUGAGUGUGGUGAUAUCAUGAACGUUCGUCUCGGUACUUUCCAGGACUCUGGCAAAUGCAAAGGGUUCGGCUAUGUGGAUUUUGAAAAUGUUGAAGACGCUACCAAGGCGAUUCGUGCUACAAACAAGCAUACUAUCAAUGGUCAGAAAAUUCGGGUUGAGUUUGGCAGUGAGGAAGCAUAUAGGCGCGGUCGUCCUUGGUUAAAGCGAGCCGAUGAACGAGCUGCUUCUGGUGGUGGUGACACAGCAGGAGGGAACAAUGGAGAGCAACAGGACGGACAAGAACAGCAACAGUUCAACCAGGCGCCGGUUGAACAAUCGGAGGGAUUUGUAGAAGAAUAUAAACGACCGAGAGAAAAACGUGUCAAGGCUGACAGAAAGCCUUCUUCAUCGACAGGAUCGUCGGAUAAGCGAGUCGCGCCUGGCUUGGCCCUGUCACAAGCUCAACGACAAAAGCCUACUGUUCAAGCGUUCAAGGGCACUAAGAUUACAUUUGAUUAAUUUAAUUAUUAUACUGGCUCGUAUAUUACCAUUGUUUUUGCAUACAAAAUUUCCUUUCCAUUCAACACUAUCACAAUCACACAUUUAUGUACUAUCCUUAACAACCCUUCCAUUCCAUUCGCAUCCAUUAGUUUAAAAGAAGAACGUGUAGCU